CUUCAGGCCUUUUCUCACCUUUCUCCCUCCGUGCUUUAUUUUGCGGGUCCUUUCUAACUCGAGCUCUACUCCUCAAUACUCCCCCCUCCUUCCCGUCUCAACAAAUAGUCACCUCUCGCCUUCCCUGCCUCUCGCGACUCCUUCGAUCGAUCGGGCCUCGGUUUGCUGGCGGACUCACGGCCCAGUGCGAACACCCGCUCUCCCCUCCCCCUCCGACAACCGACCGACGCGCACACACAGCGCCCAAGACAAAAUCAGCAACCACAAUCCCCAAGUCUCCAUAGAUAUCGAACGAGCUGGCAUCACAGCCGUUGAUUAUAUAAUACUGCCUAGUGUUUGGGUUGGGACUUCUCAAGGGACAGCGAACGCGACAUUGAGGACGACUUCACCGACGUCACCAUGGGAGAGACCGCAUCGCGCCGGUCUGCAGGACUGGGAGCAACCGUGAAGAAUGUUUCUUGGGCCUUAUUGACGGUGCAGUAUACUGCCUUUGUGUUGUUGUCACAUUACUCUAGGGUUAUGCCGCCAGCUGGCGGUAGUCGAUACCUCACGUCUACAGCUGUGUUCUUCAACGAGGUUGCGAAACUGGCCAUCUCCUUGACCAUAGCGUUGUAUGAAGUUUCGAAGACGGCGCCUCCUUCAGUUCCCGCGACAUCACUGUUCUUCUCGCUUACCUCCGCCGUGUUUUCCGGAGACAGUUGGAAGCUCGCAAUCCCGGCGUGUCUCUACACAAUCGCCAAUUCGUUGCAGUACAUUGCACUCUCGAACUUGCAGGCUGCGACUUUCCAAGUAUCAUACCAGCUUAAACUCCUAGUGACAGCCAUAUUUAGCCUUUUCGUCUUCAGAAGGUCGAUCUCUCUGCGCAAGUGGGGCUUACUGGUACUGCUUGUGAUCGGGGUAGCACUCGUGCAAAUACACGAUGGCAGUGUCGACCAAGCCCACUUUGAUGAAACCGCUCAUCUUUCCUUCCCGCGAUCGUUGGAGGAAUGGAAAGCUGCUAAGCUGGGACGCGACAAUCUUCACAAACGUUCUGCGACUUACGAAGGAAUCGAGGAGGAUAUUCUGACUGCCAAUCCGCGCUUGAACGGAACAAUUGGGCUCCUCGCUACUGUGGGCGCCUGCGUUGCCUCUGGUCUUGCAGGAGUGUAUUUUGAGAAGGUCAUCCAAGACAGCGCAAAAGCGACAUCGAUCUGGGUCCGUAACGUUCAACUCGCUAUCUACUCCAUCUUCCCUGCAUUGUUCAUCGGGGUUGUAUUCUUGGAUGGCGAAAAAGUCGCUGCCAAUGGGUUCUUUGAAGGAUACAACUGGGUCGUUUGGUCCACUGUUAUCGUACAAGCUCUUGGAGGAAUUGCCACAUCUUUUUGCAUUGGCUAUGCUUACAGAGACGCAAAGAAUAUUGCUACAGCUGCAAGCAUCGUCCUCACUACGCUAGCGAGCACUUGGCUCUUCGAGUUUGAGCUCACUGCCAAUUUCCUCCUUGGGUCCUUUGCAGUACUCGUGACUACUUGCCUUUGUGAGGAGUCGAGCGCCAAUCUUGCUAAGACGCAACGCCAGACGCUGCGUCCUCCUCCCAUUCGCAUUGACCGCUAUGAGAAGGGCAACAAGAGUGGCGAGGCCUCCCCGGCCUCCCCGUCACCGAACGAGAUAUCCAUCAAGCUUCCUGGAACACCAUUUUUGUCCGAUGCCGGACUUUCCACCUCAAGACCUACAUCCCCGGGUCAUGUACGUGCCAGUGCUGGCCGCACUCCAAGCGGUGGAUACUUUGAAAAGCACCCUCGCGACCAAUGAGCCGAAGAUGCCACUACCGAUGCUUCGAUAGUAGCUUUGGCUUUUGCUAUACUGUAUCAUGUCUCCAGGAAGUAAAUAUGGAUGGUUAGAAGCGGUGAUAUUUUGAUGCUCCUCAUGGGAUAUGCCCCGAUUUCUUGUACUUUAUUAUAGUUAUGUCCCAUCAUUUCUUAUAGCUAG